GAAAACCGCUUUUCCCCGCAGCGGCAGCAGCAGCAGCAGCAGCGCCUCCACCACGACCAGCCUCCCGGCCGCCGCAGCAACAAGUCGGGAAUUUUGGAAAGUAAUGCAACAGAACACUUUUGAAGAAAGCAGAUACCCCUGGCAGGAGUCGUUUGAAAAUGUCAGUGUCUGCCUGCCAUUUCGUUGCCCACGGUGUGGGGACCAUACCAGAUUCAGGACCCUCUCUUCCCUGAGAGCCCAUCUGGAGUACAACCAUAGUUACGAAGACAGCGGCCUCCUGACAAAAUGCAGCCUGUUUUCAUCCCUCAAAGAUACGGACCUGAUCGCUUCUUCCGAGCCCCUGAUGCAAGGGGACCUUGGGGACAGCACAAGCAUCGUGAAACCAAAGUUGUCCUAUCUCAAUUUCUGCGAUGGGGCACGAGAGAAUAUGAAGAACAGGAAGCUGUUGGAGGUGGAAGCUGAAAGGCCGGUGUCUUAUGGGUCAAAUUACAUGUCAGGAGGGUCCACUGACGAACCGGUUUCCAAAGCAGGGUUGCCAGCAGCGACCACAGACUCCAAAGCCUCCUUCGAGGCUCAUGUAAGAGAGAAGUUUAACAGGAUGGUGGAAGCUGUCGACAAAACGAUUGAAAAGAGGAUCGACAAGCUUACCAAAGAGCUGGCCCAAAAGACGGCUGAACUCUUGGAGGUUCGGGCUGCGUUUGUGCAGCUUUCGCAGAAGAAGCAGGAAGUUCAGCGGCGCGAGAGGGCCCUCAACCGGCAGGUGGACGUCGCGGUGGAGAUGAUUGCGGUGCUGAAGCAGCGGCUGAUGGAGUCUGAGGAAGAGCUCCACAGGAAGGAAGAAGAAGUGGUUACCUUUAAUCACUUCCUGGAGGAAGCAGCAGAAAAGGAAGUCCGGGGCAAGGCCAGGCUCCAGCACUUUAUUGAGAAUCUGCUACAGCGGGUAGAUUUGGCGGAAAAGCAGCUAGAAUAUUACCAGAAUCAGAAGAGCACAGAGGACUACAGCGAUGUCCACGAAUACAUGUUUACAGAUAUGUCAUCCAGUAAGAAACCCCGAUGCCUCAGACGAGGAGCUCCGCAUGCUUUUUAUAAUAACGCUGAUGCAAAACCUCAUUCUCUCCAGAAAGGACGCAUGCACCUGAAGAAAGCCAAGGAAGAGAAGAGCUGUGCUCACCCAAUUAAAUUAUUUUAUGAACCUGUUGACUGCUCAAGGGACGUUUGGAGACCUCAGAAGAAAGGGGAUGUGGCAAAUGCUGCUCGGAAGGUUAAUGCAAAAUCAAAGAUCAGUAAAAAAAGCAAACAGCUGUACUAAGCAACCACCUAACCUAUUCUAUCUAUUAAUGCAUAAUGCAAGAUCUGAUAGCGUUGAGCUACCACAAAGAAAGAUUAACAGCACAGUGCUGUGUGUGCUUACCUGGAAGUAAUUCCCAUGCAGUUCAGUGGGUUCUCCUUGGUAGGGGUGCCUCUGAACGCAGUGUGGCUUGCUUCUGCCUAGACAGGCCUAGUAGACCUCGUCACACCCAUUGCUUAAAUGCUAUAUACGUCCCUGUUUGUUGGGGCAAUGACUUGAUAUAUUUAAUAGAUUAUAAUACUAAUACAUAAAUAUAGAAGACCAAUUUAACUGCCUCAUUUCCAAAUACUUUAGUUGUGUAUGUGAGGUGGCAGUUUAUUUUUGCAAGAGCUUAUUUUGAUCAAGUCCAGCAUUUCCCACUGUUGUUAUAAUUGUGUAUGUGUUUAGAAUACAACCACCAACGUUACUUUUGCCCCCAUUGAAAGGAAUCUCUUCUGCUUGGCACCUUGAUCAAUUAACUCUGCUUCCGUUGCAUUGUGAGCAAUUGAGCCAGAAGAAGUGUAAGGAAGGAAGACUGCAAGCUGAAACUGCUCUUAGCUGAGGGAUUCCAGGGCAUGCAUAGGAUUGAUGGCAUUUCUGCAAGAACAAGACGCUUUGGGGGAUGUGGUUGGCUAAUUGCCCCUGUUCCUGCCUGCUCCUGCUAUCACUUCCUCCCGUUAGAUAGGUCAGCUGGUAGGAUCUUCCUGGAAGCUGCAUUUUCUUGGGGACCAAGGGACAGAAAAAAGGCAUUCAUUUGCUUCUAGCAGCUGCAUCUCUGCCCCACUUGGAAUAGGUAGAAUAGGACCCCCAGUCUAAAUCCUCAGAACCCCCUGCACCCCCUGCUAGGCUCCCAAUGUGAAUCUGAAGGGGAUGAGCAGUCAAGUGAAAAUGCAAGCAAGGAUCUGGGUGGACACCGGUUUAAAGUAAUGUCUUUUUCGGCGCCAAGACAAGCAUCUGGGGUGACUGACCCCUGCAUUUCCGUACCGGCCUGCAGGAGACAACACAAAGAUCACCGUGAACUGUGCAAAGAGCAGGGUGAGGUUCUCAGCGCUCUCUCCUCUCAGUGGCUUGGGCAGAAAGAUGGGGAUUCAUCCUUCCUCACCCUUCCCAUAGAGCAGGAUGGUUACUCCGGUGGUAUGGACCCCGCUGCAGUAAAGCACCACAGUGACAUAUUACUGUGCCUUUGACUGUCAGUGCAAAAUAGGGAGCUGUUCAUUUAUAUCCCAUUUAUAUCCCCACUCUUGGCCAGAGCGGCUCACUUUCUGUUUUGUUCCACCCUCCUGGCUUUACAGGUGAGCAAUGGAUUCAGAGUUGGGGCUCCCCAGUUGUAGUCUGGGAGGCCAUGAGAUCCAUUGAAUGGGGGGAUUGUGUGCCCUUAACCCCCUCCUGUUGUGUGACUUCAUUUAUAUAUUCACAUUCUCAUUUGCUGCUUUUAACUGCCAAAAGCUUUGCUAGGUGGCCUUCAGCUUCAUGCUGCAGCCAUUUGGAGUUCUAGGACCUUCAGGGCUCUCUGUUGGCAUAUUGCUCUUCUAAAGCCAAGUUCACAGGCAGAACUUGCUCCCAACUAGACCUUCCAUAUACAUUAAUAUUUUCGUAGGGUCGAACUCAGUGCUGUGUUACCCAAGCGAAUGACCUGAGAGAAGUCACCUGGAAGGAUAUUACUACACUGUGAAUGCACAGGUGCCUCAGUUUGGCAUGUGCCUGGAGCUGCUCUUCACUUCCUAUCAUCAUCAUAUCAUCAUCGUCGUCAUCAUCAUCUCCAUUUCUAUACCACCCCAUAGCUGAAGCUCUCUCUGGGCAGUUUACAACAAUGUAUAAAACAAAAUAAAAUACAAUACAAAUAACAAAACAAUGUUAGAAGGACCAAGAUAACCCCCUCAGGCCUUUGGAUAGCCAAGGAGAUCUUUAAAGGCCUUUGCUUAGAGGACUGUCUUGACC